CAUAAAAAUGCAUCGCAUAAUGAUCGUCAUGUUGAUCUCGCAUAGUUUUCGUCUUCUCGACUUCGCCAGAUUUGGCAAAUGUAAUUGAGCAACGUUGUUUUACCUGUUUCUGCUGAGGUGGUGAGCUAAACUUCACGGUAUAUCGAUUGUAACUUGGCUGUCCUCGCUUAUUGCACUGCAAGCCAUGGAGAGAUGACACUCGAUUCAACUGGUAAUUUCUUGAGACACCACAUUCCAACCUGACAGUCUUGUUGAGCGCCAUUAACCUCCCGUCUUGAAACGUAAGGAAAUACUUGAGUGGGGGGAGAAAAAUAAUCACCCAAUCUGCCCAAAAGAAGUUACAGAAGAACAGAAGUUAUCUGAAGCACAGUGACACACUUUGCACAUGGCGUCGCCAGUCAUGUCCAUGACACUCCCGCCCUUAGCCAACCUGCCCCAGUGGCAGCGAGUGCAGUCCCUGGACAAGGCCCGCUACCCACGCCCCUUCCUCAAAGACCAGAUCCCCGUCCUGCCCCCAACCAACUCCAGUGCUGCCGCCUCUUCCUCCCUUGUGCUCCACACCGACAGUGAGAUCCUGGACACCAGUGGGUCAGAUGCGGUGGACCCUGCCCAGAGGCUGCACCACAUGGAGCGCAGCAUGGAGUUUCUGAAGAGGCAGCAUCACGAGGUGCUGGUCAGUCUCCACCAGGAGAUCGAUGAGUUGAAGAGGGAAAAUAAAGAACUGCAAUUUAAAGUUAUCAUGGCAAGGACUUCAAGCCCAAAGAAAGAAUCGUCAAGUUCAUCAAUCAAGUCUGAAGGAGAACUUGUGCUUGGAAAUAGCCAGUUACAGGCUCAAAAAAUUGACCAGCUUAAGAUGCUGUACAUGGAGGACAAAGUGAAGGAACUCACAGUGGCUGUCCAAGAUGCCAGGGGUCGGAACUCUUACCUCCAAAGGUUACUCAAAGAUGCAGUGGAGAAAAGGCCACCCAGUCAAGAAGCAGCCCAGCAAACAAGUCCCGCCGAGCAGAACCGCCCCAGCCCACCCGUGCCGGUCAGCAUGGACCCCUUGAAGGUCCAGGGCCCCGGCGACCCCCAGCCAAGGGCCCCGACAUUGGAGGAGUGUGGGGUCAUCAUUCGGCACCUGCAGGAGCACGGCGACAGGCAGUCCCGAGAGCUGUCCCAACUGAAGUCAGAUCUGAAAGAUGUCUUGUACUCCCACAAGUGGACACCCGAUGCCUACCUACUUGCUAAGGCCUAUGUGGCCGACGAGGACCCCAGUGCUGGGGACAGCAAACUGCCCAGAAUAUCUCUCAAGAAUCAAAGCAAAAAGAUACCAGAGGCAGCAUUCAGCCAGACAAGCUUCUCCCUCCCUCCCCUAACCCAGACCAUGGGCAACAAGGUGGCUGAGCGGCAGAAGAGGGUGGAGGCGGUGAAGCGGGCACGGCAGCAACGUAAAGAGGUCAUCCUAUGACGUAGCGGAAUUGUUCAUCGUUAACCUCCUGAAUAUCAUGUGCAUUCUUAUGGUAAAUUUUGUGUGGAAGAGAGCCAGUUCAAUCACAGUGUUUAUUAACGAAGCCAACUAUCUCUGCAUCAGUACUCAUGAGGACAAAAUGACGGUCAGAUGAAGACUCUUUCGGACCAUUCUCUCAGGCAUGUGCCUUAUCCCGGGUCAGCUGAUUUCCCAAUUUACACGUACAAGCCAGUGCACAAUGGAAUUUCCUGAUAAAUUUGAUACCUCACCGUUGCAUGCCUAUUUGUACCUGUUUCCUUACAAAUGUCGGUGAUAGGACUUACACUGACGACUGAUUUUGAUAAAUUAAAAACUAAACGCUAACAGUGUCUAAACACCUGAUGUCCAAUUUUAUCCGUUGCAUUUCUUUUUUCUGUCUCUCAUGGAGGCCUGGGCAAAUGUAAGAGACCUCGGUUGAAGUAACAUAAAUUGACCGGUCCUUUAGUUCUGCCCAUAAGCUCUGUGUAAUAGCCUUCCCAAGUGAUUAAAGUGGCCGCUGUAAUGUUCAGCUACUGCCUUUAAAUCAAGCAGCCUGUCGUUUGUGUCUUUCCUCAUCUAUUCAUAAAGUGUGAUUGAACUGGCUCUUGUGGCAAGACUCUUGUCCAGAGAGGCAUUGUCCCUUUUGUUUUCUACCUGCAGUGCUGUUCCUUAUAUUUAAUGCAGUGACACAAGCAAGUACAUGUGCAAGCGUGAAAUGGUGCUUGAUUUCAUUCCAGGUCUUGGGGAAAAGACCCAGUCCUGUUGGGAACACUGCUUGUUCCUAAUUGUGGCAAUAUAACGUGCCCCGUUCUCAUCCUGUCCUCGCCCUUUACUCCAGGCGUAGAAGAUUGCCUUGAUAUACUUGUACUACAAGCAUUGUUAAGUGAGCGUCUGGCUUCCCUGGGUUGUUCUUGUUGGAAUAACCCUGUGUUACUGGUGACAUGUUCUUGGUAAUCAAUUAUGAGAUGCCCUGUGACAUAUUCAACCCAUUUUGAGGCGGUCAGGCUUUUAGCCCAGAGUGGGGUAGCUGCGUCUGAAAUGGGCUUCCUGAGGCACGGCUGCGUCUGUUGCUUGUGUGUCCUUGUGUACUGUUUGCAACAGGUAAAGACCUAGGUCUUUUCACAGGCUUCAUAUACGGCUUUUGCUUUCCUUUCUGUGAAUCAAGAUGUCGGAAAGUGGGGUUCCUGUGACUUUAGAAUUGGUGCUGCACUCAUUGUAUUGACUCCAUAUUUAUCACAUUGAAGAGUUUAAUUCUGGAAAAUCUGUUAAAUCCCCGCUGAGCAUUGCUUUUAAACUCGGAAACAAUUCAUUGUAAACUAGUGUGUCUCAUGUUCAUAUCGAGUAACCUAGGCCCAUGGACAUGUAAAACCCUUUAAUAGUCGAAAUGAGGGAGAGAAACUCAGAAGGAAGCUUCAGUCAAGAGAUUUUUGGUUUUAAUGCAAGAUGCUGAUUUCAGGCUUUUUGUGGAAAAUGUUUAGGCCAUGAUAAGAUAUAUUUUAAGGACUCUCUCAUCAGGCUCAGCACAAGAGUCUGCCUAAAUGGCCCUCUUAAGAGUUUGGCUUGUAGAUCGUCCUCGAUGAUGUAGAAAUAAGAUUGCUUGAGGAUAGCCAACUGCUUGCAUGCCGGGCUCAGAGCUUUUGGCUUGCUUCACCAUUUGUCCUUCGUAAACAAGCCGAGUGUUAUAGAUUUUGGAAGGAGUCAGCACCGAGUGGACAAAUUUUAAAGUUGCUUUAGUGUUUGGUAUGCCAAAAGUGUUACAUCCUGUCGUGAGCUUUUUUUCUUUUUCAUUAUUUUGUACAUGUUGUGAAUAGUGGGAAACAGAUUGUGUACGUGAAAUUGUGCAUUAUAUGAGACAGAUUUAAUAGAAUGUGUACUUACAGUUUAGUAGGUAUAAAUCCAGAAAAUUGAAUAAAUUAUUUGAUCGUCGAUGGUGUA